CAGACCUAGAUUAUGUUCUCUAUAUAAACGUGUGUGCCUCCUCAUUGUGUGAUACACAUCUUUCAUCAAUACAUUUCUGCUUCUCUCCAAUCUUAAAUCAUGGUUUCAUCAAUCUUUCCUACUUAAAUAUUAACAUGGUAUCAGAGCGUGGUUCUAGUUUCUAAUCUUGCUUUUUCUCUUAUUCUUCUCUCUCGAGCGUCUUUUGAUUUUGUUAAUCGUUUGGACACUCAAACGAGCUCCGAUUUGGCUGAUUUUUGGAGGGUAGCUUCGUGACUCAGUGGUCUUGAGAUUCAACGGUGGAGAUCGUGUUUCAACGGUUGGUUUAGGAGAAAUCUGAGUUUUAUCGUGGCUGGUCGUAUCUGAAAUUUCCAGAUUUUUCUGCAGCAGUUGUCGUGAGUAUUUGGAAGAUCUAACGGUUAGUUCUUCUCGGUGUGAGCUGAAAUUUUGCAGUGUUGUUCCUGACCCGUUUAUCUAGGAUUUGAACGGUGGAGAUUUUUGUUGGAAGUCCCGUUGUGGGAUUACGUUGGUUACGUUGGACUGGUUAUUAAAUUGGUUUGUACAAUGAGUGAUACUUACAAGGAUUUGAAGUUGAAGUUCUCCGUGAUUCUAAACGGGAACAACUACCUCUUGUGGAAGAGGACAACUACUAAUGUGCUCGGCAGUAGGAGGCUCACAAAGCACAUUGAAUCAACCUUUGAAGACUUGAAGAAGUUGGAUGAAAGCAUUGACAAAGACACGUGGAAGCAAGAUGACUUAAAUGUCCUUAGUGCUUUGCAUUGCUCCCUUGAAACUUCUAUCUUAGAAGGGUAUUCGUAUUGUGAGACAUCCAAGGAGCUUUGGGAUACUCUCGCGAAUGUGUUUGGUAAUGAAUCAAAUUUGACUCGGAUCUAUGAGAUUAAGAAGGCUCUAGGGGAACUAAGUCAAGAAGAUAGCGACUUUAAUGCUCACUUUGGGAAGUAUAGAUCGCUUGUUGCUGAAUUAGAGAUGGUAAGGCCAUUCACUACGGAUGCAAAGACACUUAAGGAGCGUAGGGAACAAGAUCUUGUCUUUGGGUUGAUGUUGACUCUUAAUUCAAGCUACACGGAUGUGAUCCAACACAUCUUGAGAGAUGACAAGAUCCCUACCUUAGAACAAGUGUGUCCAAAGAUACAAAGGGAGUAUGGUUCGCAAGGUCUAUUUGGUAGCAAAGGAGAGAGUCUUCCAACGGCAAACAAGGUCGGGAUGGUGAAACAAGAUGAUAAAAAGACUUGGUUUUGUGAUCAUUGCAAGAAGAAGGGUCACCUCAAAGACAAGUGUUGGAUCCUACACCCUCACUUGAAGCCGGAAAAGUUCAAGAACUCCAAGCCGAGAGCUAAUGAAGCAAACACAAGUGAUAGAGGACUACUUGAUAAUGAAGAGAGGGCCAUUGUGCAAUAUGGACAUCAAGAGAAAGCAAUGCGAGCUACUGCUCAAGACAAGGGAUGUACCACUUCUACCUCUCAAGCUCAAGAAACCAUCACCAUGAACAAGGCCGAUCUUGAAGCUCUUCUUCAAUCCAUAGCAUCCAAAAUGCAUCCCGGCGGUAUCUCUCUCUUUACCUCUAACUCUCAUGAUUCAAAUUCAUUAGUGUUAGACUCCGGAGCUUCUCAUCACAUGAUAAGUAAUCCUAGGUUAUUAGAGAAUGUUAAACCGGCACUAGGGAAUGUUAAGGUUGCAAAUGGUCAUAAUGUUCCAAUAGAAGGAAUAGGUUGCAUAAACUUGUUUAACAAGAAGUCUAGUGCUUUCUAUAUGCCUAAGUUCACUUCUAACUUGCUCUCGGUCAAGAAAACAACUAAGGACUUAAAUUGUCUUGCUAUCUUUAGUCCUAAUGAUGUUAAGUUGCAGGAUAUUGAGAGCGGUACUGUGUUUGGACAAGGAGGCACCAAGGAUGAUCUCUAUGUUCUUGAAGACACUUCUUUAAACUCUUCUAUUUCCGCAAAUAAUGUUAAGACUUCAGUUGUAUUGUGGCAUGAUAGACUUGGCCAUCCACACUCUAGAACUUUGAACUUGUUAUUACCCGGUUUAUCUUAUGAUUGUUCUCAUUGUGAAGCAUGCAUCUUAGAUAAUGGAGGUGAAUAUACGAGCACCAAGCUCAAAGCCCAUUUGGAAAAGUGUGGGAUCUUACACCAAACAAGCUGCCCAUACAACCCUCAACAAAAUGGUGUUGCGGAAAGGAAGAAUAGACACCUCAUGGAGGUCUCACGAGCAAUGCUAUUUCAUAAGCAUAUGCCUAAGAGGUUUUGGGGUGAUGCGGUUAUGACCGCUUGUUAUCUUAUUAAUAGAAUUCCAACAAGAGUUCUUAAUGAUCAAUCACCUUUUCAAGUAUUGAAUAACCAAAACCCUAACAUUGAGCACUUGAGAGUGUUUGGUUGUGUUUGUUUUGUAUUCAUUCCAGGUGACUUAAGGAACAAGCUAGAGCCCAAGAGUACCAAGUGCGUGUUCAUCGGAUACUCCACAACUCAAAGAGGCUACAAAUGCUUUGAUCCAACCAACAAUAGAUACUAUGUAUCUAGAGAUGUGAAAUUCAUGAAGACAAGGCCUAUUUCGGAGAAAAGAAUUGGGAGAGUGUAAAGGACCUACCUAACUCAACUUCGGAUAGAGCAAAGAGUCUUAAACACAUUCUUGAGCAUUUGGGUAAUGUUAACAUACCUCAAGACACUACGGAAGAGAUACCAGGCGAAGUUACAAGUGGGACUCAAGAAAGUGAAGUUGAAACACCAAUAGAGUCGUCGGAUGGUAACCAUGAGAAUGUUGUAGAGGAAGAAUCUAGUGAAGAAGAGAUCGGUCCACUAAGUGAAGAUGAAGUCAUUAGAUCAUCAAGCGAAGAAGAGACUAACUCAAUUCCUCAAACAACAAAUGAACCGGUCUACACGUUACAAAACCCAAGACGAAGUAAAAGGGCAAAGAAGCCUAAGGUUCUCUUCAAUUGCCAAGCCGUGGCUCAUCCAAU